AUGUCAGUACCAGAGGCUGCAACAUGGAACCAGUACCAAAGGACGCAACUUCCCCCGCCUGUACAUAUCCCUGCCGACCUGGUGGACCAACUGGAGCGACUGGCGCUGGUGGAUUUCCGCUCCAAACAGGGACUGGCCUGUUUGGAGGAAGCCAUCAGAUUUGCAGAUCAGCUUCAUGCUGUUGACACUUCAGGGGUGGAACCAAUGGAUUCAGUUCUGGAGGACAGGUCAUUAAACCUUAGGGAGGAUGCAGUGACGGAAGGGGACUGUGCUGAAGAACUGCUUGAGCUCUCCAAAUACACCAUUGAAGAAUAUUUUGUGGCACCACCAGGAAAUAUUCCUCUACCAACGAGGGAGGAAAGGGCCACCAUACUGAAACACUCAGAGUUAUGAUAUUCAUUACAAAAUAGUACAUUUUGAAGUUAAAUAAAAACCUUAAGGUCCUGCA